GUUUUAGUUUUUAUUUCCCGAUCGUACGUCGAACAACAUUCCCGAUAAUUAAAUGUAUUCCAUCGGAAGUUAGAGCGGUUGCAAUCUUCUCUGUCGCGAGUUUAAUGGCAUUAUAAAAUAAAUAAAAACGGAAUAAUGAACAUAAUGGCGGAGAACGAAACGGGAUCUCAUUUACUGGGCCAAGAAUUGAAACGACUCAGUUUCGGAUGGACCGAUUACAGCCUUUUCACUGGCUUAUUGGGGAUCAGUGUCCUUAUAGGGAUCUACUUUGGCUGUUUCGGUAAGAAACAGGAUAACACUACCGAGUACUUGCUCGGAGGGAAAACAAUGUCGUGGUUUCCGGUCGCCAUGAGCUUAAUUGCCAGCCACGUAUCAGCGGUUUCAUUGCUUGCCGUGCCGGUCGAAGUGUAUCAAUACGGUACACAGUACGCCGCCUGCAUUUUUACAGCUGUGAUAUCGUGCACCCUCAUUUCCCUUAUCUACGUGCCUGUCUUUUAUCAGUUACAACUGACCAGCACAUUCGAGUACUUGGAGAUGAGAUUCACGAGGUCGGUUAGGACCUUCGCCUCCUUCCUCUACACCUUGUCGCUGAUCAUUUACAUACCUUUGAUCAUCUAUGUGCCAGCUUUGGCAUUUUCACAGGCCACAGACAUCAAUCUACACCUCAUCACCCCGGUCAUCGGCAUCGUCUGCAUAUUUUACACCACCAUAGGAGGUUUAAAAGCUGUCGUAUGGGCCGAUACAGUUCAAAUGACCGUGACCCUAGGAAGUCUUUGCGCCGUAUUCAUCCUGGGCACGAUAGCUGUGGGUGGUUUUGCUGAAACCUGGAGGAUAUCGGAGGAGGGUAGCAGAAUUAUUUUUUGGAAUAUGGACCCUAGUCUGUCUGCCCGAAAUUCUUUUUGGGGUAUGUCGAUCGGAAUGACACUCACGUGGAUAACGGGUCUUGGUAUCAGUCAAGUGUCCAUGCAAAGAUUUCUAUCGGUACCGAAUCUCAAAGAAGCACACAAGGCAGUAGCGUUUAUGGGAGUAUGUAUAGUAGCCAUUAAGUGGGUAUCCGUGCUCACGGGGCUUAUAAUGUACGCCAGGUAUCAUAAAUGCGAUCCAAUAAGCACAAACGUAAUUUCAAGGAGCGAUCAAUUAUUGCCGUAUUACGUAUUGGACGUUGCUGAGAAUAUUCCAGGACUUCCUGGCCUUUUUCUAGCCGGUCUCGUAAGCGCCGGUCUCUCUACGAUGAGCGCUGGUUUGAACACAGUAGCUGGCACAAUUUAUGAGGAUUUCAUCGAUCCAUGGUUACCGGAUAACAACAAUAAAGAGACCAGAGCAGCGAAUAUUAUGAAGCUAAUAGUGGUGGCCGUAGGAAUACUCUGUCUAGCUCUAGUCUUCCUGGUUGCAUUUUUGGGCGACAUUUUUCAAGUUUCAUUGACCCUCCACGGUAUCACAUCUGGAGCGAUGUUGGGUAUCUUUACAUUGGGAAUGUUAAUACCAUGGGCGACAUCGAAAGGAGCAAUAGCUGGUGGAUUACUAUCAAUGGGAUUAAUGGUUUGGGUGAUCAUUGGUGCCCAAAUAAACAUGGCUCUUAAAAAACUGGUCUAUCCACCUCUUCCUACCUCGACUGAAGAUUGUUUAAAGGAAGAAUUUAAUUUUAAUCAAACGACAACCGAGGCUCCUCCAACACCGAUUCCCGAGGACACACCUUUUGCCCUGUAUACCAUAUCGUUCAUGUAUUACACUAUGGUAGGCUUUAUAGUGGUGAUGGUGGUUGGAACGAUAGUUAGUUUCAUGACCGGCGUUCCGGACUUGAAGGAUAUCGACAGAAAUCAUUUUCCACCGAUUAUUCAGAGAUUCUUACCACCAAAGAAAUACACCGAAGUGCCUCUUCAUUCGGUCCCAACAACGUUGAUAACGAACCAAGAAAAGGAGAAGAUCAGUGCAUGAGAGAAAACGUGGCUCGUUUGAUUCUCAGAUAUUGUGUUCAUAGUUCUGUUAAAAAUCGAACCAACCGAUAAGAUAAGUCAGUACUGUUAACAAUUAAACGACGUUUCUAAUAACACCACGGUCUGUUAAAGAACAAACGAACGAUAAGCAUCGUCGAUUCGUGCAGAUGCCAAGAAAGUCUCUCCUCGGUUCGUCAGAGGAAAGCUCCGCGUAUAACUGGUUCGUUGGCGAGUUGAAAGCACCCAUUAGUCCCUCGAUGAGGGUGUCAAAUUGACUAGAUUAUAUAUCUGUCCCACGCAUCUCGAUACAAACAGCUCUCCUAAACAUCUGGAAGGAACGAUGCCUAUCGGAUUAGGAGAAAUGUAAAUGCAAAGGGUCGAGUAUUUCUGUCGAGUCAUUCGUCGCUUCCAUCCCGAAAAAUCCGCGAUAGAUCGAUCGUAAAAGUAUUAUCGCGCGUGUGAUAAAUACUUGCACGCGACCUAUGAGCUUUGUUACAUUCAAAGAACCUCGAACGGUACGAUUCAAUUCGGAUAUUAAGUUGGCGACUAAAUUCGCGACUCCCGAGUUCCAUUUCUUAUAUCGUAGAAUACAUUUUCAUCUGAAUUCAAAGUCUGUUCGUUAAGGCUGGUUAAGCAUAGUCGAAGAAAAUAGUGUACGAUUUAUUAGGAUAAUAACAAUAGCAGAAUAAUACAAUAGGAGAAGCUAUUGCGAGGUCUGCGAAGAAUCAAUAGCCGAGAUAUACAUCGCUAUGAUACAAAGGACAAUGCUUCGACCAGGGUACCGUGGGUCACGGUUGACCAACUUGUAACCCAGCAGCUUUCUAAAUGUAACACGCGUUAUUAUGAAGUGUUAACUUCGUUUCAAUAAUACUGGUACACACUUUCA